CCGUCGACCGCACGACGCACUGUCACAGUGCUUAGCGCGCGAAACGCCAUCGCUGUUGCGCUUGUCGCUUUCAAUGUGCAUCAACAAGUCAACAAGCAACGACGCACGCCGCCGUGUGCGUUCACAUCGUACAUUGGGUACAUUGUAUCAUCAGUUUGAAACUUAUCAUAACGGCUUUCAACAGUGAGAAAAUUACUUGCAAACGGAAUUGUUCGAGAAGUGAAAAAUCGAAUUGUAUUUAAGGAUUAACUGAUACUAUGACUACACAUGGAAAUUUGUCAUCUUGAUUUUGAACGAUUGGAGGAGAAAAUCAUAAAUGGAGUUGGAAGCAACAAUUUUAGAGCGUUAUCAAGAGUUGUUGAAAUGGCAAGUCGAGCAGGAAGAACGCCUUCUCAAGCAGCAGCAAGAGCAAAGAGAUUUAUUGAAUUUUGAGCAAGCUCGAAAGUUCGAAGCCCUGGGCUUCUCAAGUCAGAAUAUUUUACAAAAUUCGCUCGCUGCAAAGGAAGAAAACUCGCCGGUUGACGAUAGGUGUACUAGAAAUGAGGAUCAACAAAGCUCCAUGUCCGAACUAAGUCCUCGCAAAAAUUGUCUUCAUCUCAAUGGCUUGGAAGAUCCAGGAGUUUUUCAGAAUAAAGUUGGCACAAAAUCCAUGGAAAAUCAGCCAGCAGUACAGUUAAGCGUGCCUCCUUUACAAUUGACAUCUAACCGAUAUUUGAAUUAUAGAUCACCCAUUGAAGGAUUUAGUCCACGUUCAGAAAUCCCGGCAGAUCGUGAAUAUACCAAUGAAAGAACUCCAGAAAAAAUGCAGCAAGAAAUCAAAAACCUUGUUAUGGAGGGUGUUGAACCGUUACCAAUGGAAAAGCCCUCAAAACUGGUUAUACCAUUGGAUGAUCUACCAGUGCCUUCACCAAAGAAAGAUUUUGUGACUUUGUUGGAAGAGAGAUUACGCGAGGAGACCGAGGAUGAGGCAAACAGUGAAAAAAAUCCAAAGACUCGGGUGAAACGUCCAUUUUUGAAGAAGGGCCAAGGCUUGGCCAGAUUCAAACCUAACCCUAAUAGCAAUUCAACCCAAAGAACAGCGAAAACACGGAGGGCUUCACUCUCGGCGAACAUGCGUUUGUCACCAACUCCCGUGACGAAAAAUAACCCACCAAAAUUGAAAGAAACUCCAAGAAGCUCGAGAGCCUGUAGCUCUUACGGCAAGGGUAUUUCAGCGACCGCUCAAGCCAAAUUGAAUCUGAAAAAUGUGCCUUUAGCGAAGACGAAAACUCGCAGUAAAUCUGCGUGCAUCGACCCGAAGAUUAAAUCUUGUCCAGCGAUCAAACCCCGGGCGAAACCACCGAUUGAUAUGAACGUGUCUUCUGAUAUUGAGACAAAAAGUCGUCGCGAAUUAGAGGAAAUGCGGAUAUUUGAGUUGCUUGAAGAGAAAGCUGAAAAUUCAAGUUUUUGCUCUAAUUCCAGUACCGUAUUAGCUCUUCUGCGACAAUCAACGCCCAUAAAAAAUCAAAAUACGAGGGUCGACAAUCCUCGGGGAAAAAUGCAAUCCGGAAAGGUUGAUGCCUUGGCAAAAAACCAUACCAGCGAUUCGAAUCUCGAGGAAAUUGUUCGAUCAACAAAAUCCAACAAAAUGCCGGGUUCGCCAGUUACGAAAAUUCGGGAAACCGUUAUUCAAAAAGAUUACGUUAUUUCACAAUGGGACACAGGCUCCCAGAAUGAAAGUAUCAACUCCUCCAAUACCAACAGAGUUUCGAAUCGAGCUAUCGCAGCUGGGUCUUACAAAUCCACGAAGCACACGACUAUACAGUUCAAUAAUAAUAAUAAUAACAGCAAUGAUAAUUACAGAGCGUUGAUUGAUUCUGCGGGAACUGAUCAUUCGAACUGUGACAAACACGAGGUUCAGCACGAUACCAUGGACAAAAGAACAACAGAGAAUUCAGAGCCGGAAAAAGAAUCUGCCAACGUCAGUUUUCACGUGAGAUUUUCCGAGUACAACGAAUAUAAAACUAUUGAUUUAACUGAUACGUCGAUUAUGUCAAACGAUGUGAAUAAUUCGAGAGAUUACAGAGAAGACCAAGCUUGGAGCGAUCGUUCGACGAGCCCCGAUUCCUCGGACAUCGAAGUCUUGUUCUCCAAAGUCGGCAAGAGUAACGUUUCAAAAUCAUCGGAUUGUCGUACUAAAGGAUUGGCCGAUGCCUCGCGAGAAAAUGGACAAAAUUCUUGUGAUGACGAAACAACUGAUCAAACGACCGACCAUGAGGAUGAGGAUUAUACCUCGGUUGGCUCAAACGAAGAAUCUUGCGAUGAGGAAAACACGACUGUAACGGAAAUUAAAGAAGAGGAAGAACCAACGAGAUCUUUGAAUAGCUUCGAUAAGCAAGGAAGGAGUGAUCUCGAAUCCGGAAAUUGUAACGGUUCGUCGAGUACGAUUGGACAAGGGAACGAUGAAAUAACGAGUAAAAUUGAUUUGACAGCUGCUAACGACACGAUAUUCAAGUCGGAACUCUUGAAAACUCGUCUCGCCGAAUUGGAACGAGAGAUUGAAAUAUUCCGCAAAGAAAAUGCAGCGGUUGUGGCACAGCGUAAAAAAUUGCAGGACGAGACACGACAGUUGCACAAGGAGUACAAAAUGAAGGAGGAAUCUUUGGAGAAAGAGAAAAAAGUAAAUGAGGAACUUUUUCAGGAAGAGAGAAAACGUUUGUCGCGAGAAAAAGCUGCUUUGGAAAACCGGCUGAAAGACGCGAGAGAGAAAUCUUUGCUGAACAAACAAGAGCGCCAAGAGACACAAUUACUGCGUGAUCAAAUUGACGAAUUAAAGGAAGAGAUGAAUCAGAAAGAAAACAGAUGGCAAGCUGCCCAAGCCAGACAAAAAAGCCAAAUACGAGUUUUGCAGACUGAAAAUUCGCGACUCAAACAAGAACUGGAGAAACUUAAAGCAUCGAAAACCAACAAUUCCCGUAAUCGUAAGCCUAUAACUUCAUCCAACACUAGAUCGAUACAUUUAAUAAAUAAACAUCUUGACAGCAAGAAGAAUAUUCGUACGAGGCAAGAUUCAUCAACGGACGAAGAAGAAACAGCGGAGAUUGUCUAUGGAAAAACCGAGGUCAACGAGCCUUUGGUUGAAAAUGAAGAUUUAAUUCCCAAUGAAAAUAGCGAGAGCAAUAAAGGCAUCACUCACAAUUUUAUGUCUCGACAAACUUCGGUUAAGGACGACGAAGAGUUGCGAAAGAAGCGGAGUCUUUACACGAAUCUUCUAAGCGAAGCGACUGAAGGUUUGCGAGGGAAUGAGCAAAUUGUUUUAGGCAAGCAUGACAAAUCACGAGAACAAUUGCAACAGGAGAUGGAAAAAGCAGAAGCAAAUCGAAAAUGGGAUGAAGCUGCGAAAGUGUGCUAUGAUAAACCGACGAGAACGAGCUCCAGUCCAGCUUCGAAAAAUGUGGAAAAUACCGCGGAAAAUGACCAUUCUCGAAGUCCGAUUGAGAAAAAUAAUUAUUCGUCAGAGCCUAGACGUUGGUCGGAUGUUCCAAUUUGUCAAAACGAUCGAAUAAAAAGUUCGACCAUCAAGCAGCAAGAUAUUCGAGAAGUUCAGUGCCCCGAUGGCCAUCUCGAGUAUUGGUAUCCCAAUGGAAACGUUAAAAAAAUAUAUCCUGAUCGUAACAUCAUUAAAAUGAUUUACUACAAUGGCGAUGUACGCGAAAGUCGGGGAGAUGGCACUGUCAAAUAUUUUUACGCGUCCACGAGAACUUGGCACACUACUUUGCCCGACGGUUUGGAAAUUUUGGAGUUUCCAGAUGGUCAGGUUGAAAGGAGAUCGAAGGACGGCACUAACGAGGUUUCCUUCCCGGACGGCGCGCUUCGACUUUUGCAAGCAGAUGGAGUAGAAAAGUGGGUUUUACCAGAUGGCACCGUUGCCGAGACCUUCCCCGACGGGAAUAAAAUACUGUCUUUCCCCAACGGUCAGCGUGAAGUGCACACGGCUGAACACAAGCGACGUGAAUAUCCCGAUGGAACUGUGAAGCUCGUGUAUCCUGACGGUACUCAAGAAACAAGAUAUUCGACUGGACGAAUUCGUGUUAAGGACAAAGACGGAAAAUUACUCAUGGACGUGCACCAUCGACAAUGACCACGAAAUCGAAACUCUGACCUUUUCAUAACGACAUAAUGGAUAUAUUUUGGCUCGUUUCAAAAUGACACAAAAAAAGUAACGUAGCAAAUUCGUGUUCUAACGAGUCAAGGUUUAUCUCUAAGGGCAUAUUAGUACAUAUCUAAGGGUAAUUGUAUUGAGAAGACUAAUUCUUUUCCAUACUAAAAUAGAUGUAUAUUUUAUAUAAUUACAUAAUUUUUAUAAGGAUCGUUACCUAAAGCAUAUCGAGUAAAAUCGUUCUCAUUCUAAAACGAGUCACAUUUGAGGAAGAUUUUUUCAAAAUUUUAUCAUCUACAAAAAUUUCCAAAAAUUCUUUUGAAAUAUCGAUCUAAAUGCAAUUCGUCGUAAAAUAUGUGGAAGCCAACGUACUUGAGCAUUUUAAGGUUUAUGUACAAAUAGAUUUACAGCCAAUAGUUUCAUACGUUUUUAACGCCUAACUUGCACAGUAAUUUCAUAAAAACUGUAUUGAACUAUUUUCAAGUCUCUAACAGUUUCAACUCGCAUGAAUUUGUAGGUUCCUCUAAACCUCUUUCCAUUUUUUGAUUUUUCGUUUUUAAUCAAUUUUACAAUAUUUUCGUAAACGAAUUUCGCAUCAUACUUAAAGAAUUUGUUUAAAUAAUAUUACAGAUUUUUGGAAAAUUUUUCUACGUUAUAAAGUUUGAGGACUUAUGAAUGAAAACCAAUCUUCGUGGCACAUUCCGUUGCAAUAUUUCAAAAUACUUUCAUUAAGUUAUACUUAUAAUUACCAGAAUCUCGUUGCAUCGUAACUUAUGGCUGUGGAUGCUUGUGGUUAAUAUGCCCGACAAGGACUGAUUUGGAAUGAUCACUUUCAAGAAAUUUUGACCGAAAGUGGCGUUUGAAAGAUAAUUUGCAAGGAUGUAGCCAUUUUUUAAUCUCUUUUUCACACGUGGACAUAAAAUAGAGUUCCUCGUAGGCAUUGCAAUGUAAGAGUAUUGAAAAAUAUAAAAAUAUAGAUGCAUAUUUCAAAAUGGCAAAAA